CUUGCCCCCUGGGGCGCCUCUCCGCCUGAGCCGGCGCUCGGCCCCGCCGGGGAGGCUGGACGGAGCCUCCGUCCCUCUGUCCGCCCCGCCCGCCCCUCCCUCCCGAGCCCAGCCCUGCAGGACCUUGGACAGAAGCCGCGCCGCCGAGCGGGCCCCAGGAGCGCGCACUGCGGUUUGAAUCCAAGAGGGAAAGGCCGUGGCAAACGGGAGGGGGUGGUGAAGCGGAGACGCCUCCACCCCGGCACGCUGACGGCUCCCAACUCUGAGUGGCUUCGCCUUUCUGCAGUGGCACCAUGGGCACAGUGCUGUCCCUCUCGCCCAGUUACCGGAAGGCAACCCUCUUUGAGGAUGGCUCGGCAACAGUGGGGCAUUACACUGCAGUCCAGAACAGUAAGAAUGCCAAGGACAAGACCCUCAAGCGCCACUCCAUCAUCUCAGUGCUGCCCUGGAAACGCAUUGUGGCCGUCUCAGCCAAGAAGAAGAAUUCCAAGAAGGUGCAGCCUAACAGCAGUUAUCAGAACAAUGUCACCCACCUCAACAAUGAGAAUCUAAAAAAGUCCCUCUCCUGUGCCAACCUCUCCACCUUUGCUCAACCCCAGAGCACUCAGCCAACAGCCCCCACCAACCAGGUUUCUAGCUCCAAGAGCACCCUCUCUUCCAUCAAGAAGACCCCCCACCCCAACUCCAACUCCUCUGGCACCCCCAAGAGGGUCAUUGUCCAAGCUUCAACCAGCGAGCUUCUUCGGUGCCUGGGUGAGUUUCUAUGCCGGCGGUGCUACCGGCUGAAGCACCUCUCUCCCACUGACCCAGUCCUGUGGCUCAGGAGCGUUGACCGGUCCCUCCUUCUGCAAGGAUGGCAAGACCAAGGCUUCAUCACUCCGGCCAAUGUGGUCUUUCUGUACAUGCUUUGCCGGGAUGUCAUCUCUUCCGAAGUAGCCACGGACCAUGAACUUCAAGCCGUCUUACUUACCUGCCUCUAUCUCUCCUAUUCCUACAUGGGCAAUGAGAUCUCCUACCCUCUCAAGCCUUUCCUUGUGGAGAGCUGUAAGGAGGCCUUUUGGGAUCGCUGCCUGUCCAUCAUUAACCUCAUGAGUCCCAAAAUGUUGCAGAUCAACGCUGAUCCACAUUAUUUCACCCAGGUCUUUGCUGACCUGAAGAAUGAGAGUAGCCAGGAAGAGAAGAACCGGCUGCUCAUUGGUCUGGACCGGUGAGCUCACCCAUGUUUAGAUGAGGAGGGAACAGUACAUUUUCCUUCUUUUAUGUUGCUUUUGUUUUCCAAACAAGCCAGAACACAAAAUGAGGUUGGAUGGGCCUGGGGUGGGGGGGGGGGAACACCAAGCCACAGUUUUCUCUGCCUUUACCACCGUUUAUCAGCUUGGCUUCUUGGAAGCUUUGCUACAAAACGAGGGGGAAAGACCCAAGGAGGAGGUGGUUGAGGGUGGAUUGCUGAAGCUGUUUGGUUUUCUGUUUGUGGCACAAGUUGGAUAUGGCUUCCUCAUUGGAAACAGAGGAUCAGCAGGAGUGGAGAAUCAAGCACCAUAAUGCAAACACCAGGGCAUCCCUGCACCUAUUGUUUUUGCCUAAAAGAUGUGCAAACUUGGAGUGGGGGGGGGGCAUCUUGCACUUAAUUCCUUACAGCAGAAUGCAGAAGAGGAGAAUAGUAUUUACUGCCUGGAAGAAGGGGGGAAAGUGUGGGGGGGAGGGGCAAUCUAGCGGAUAUUCCAGGAAAGAGAUCAGAAUGAGUUUUUUCCUUUCUUUUGAAUUAAAUUACCACCAAUUGGAGCAAAAAUGACAGAGACACAGUUAUGGACUUAAAUUGACUCUUAUUGCAUGCCCACAUGUGGUUAUAUUGAGGACUAGUGGCCAAGGAAAAGACAGCGUGUAAGACACAUUGUCCCUCUUCCUCUACAUCCGUUCUACCACCCCUUGACUGGAGACCAACUUCUUGAGUUUGAUCAUCAAGGACAAAGGGGAAAGGUGAGAUCUGGGAUCAUUUCCCACUGAAGUAUCUAAAGGAGAGUGGUUGGAAACCGGACAAAGCCAAUAUGGAAUGGAGACACGCUCCCAAAAGAUGGUAUCCUGUUGGUAUUAAUUUUGCUGGCAAGUUAAUUGGAUGGAUGCUUGAUAUAGGUUUGGAUUUUAUUUAUUUAUUUAUUUCUGCAAAAUGUAACUGUUUCAGAAUAGGGUGACAGAUUCUGUUGCAGCCUUCUGAACAGCUGGAAUAGCAGUCCCUCAUCAAGUUCACUAUUCUGAAAAAUGUAAGGGUCAUUGCCUGUAACAGAUUCUCACUACCAUUAGCUGGGUACAAUGGUCUUUCCAAGACUGGAAAAUUCCUAGGCAUUUACACUGCAAUCCUAUACAAAGUUACUCCGCUAAAAAGUUAUUGAUUUCGGCAGGCUUAGACUGGAGCAUCUGCAUAGGAUUGGGCUUUUAGCCACCUAAGCAUUUUAUGUGGAGGUGGGGGGGGGGGAGGCCAAGGGGAAAAGAAUAAGGAGACUCACCAAAGAAGAAAAAGAAAAAUUCCAUAGUUCGUUAAAUGAAAAUCUAGAGAACAGAUUGUGAUUAAUCUGCAGUGUAUGGAAAAUGUACAUGUACAUAGGUGUACUCUCCUAUGUCCUAAUCUGAUCUGAAGGGCACAGCCAUUUUUCUUUUGGGUCCCUAAACAUUCUGUUCCAGCAUUUUAAAAAAUUCUGCAGUUUUCUUUCCCUUGGGACCUAAACAUCUGAUGUUGUCUCCUAAAAAUUUGAUUCUAGAUGCCUAGGAAUUUGAAUAUUUGAUUUUGCCUUCUAGGCCCCCGAAACAGAGAGGUUUUUCUAAUCAAUUCCCUUCAAUUGGCUGUAUGUGAAAACCUUUUUUGGGGGGAGGGGAAGAAAUACACUGAAUCUUAUCUUGCUGAGUUAGGGAGCAAUCCUAGGCAGGCCUACUCAGAAGUAAGUCCCAUGUUCAGUGGGGCUCACUCCCAGGAAAGUGUCCUUGGGACUGCAGCCCUAAUGACAUUGGUGCAUUUAGAAUGCCAGUAUUCCAGUUCUAGGAUUCCUCUAAAUAUCAGAAAUCCCUUUGGUAUUGGAGAUCUCUUCCUCCUCUGUGUUAAAAUUCUUACAGACUGGAUAUUAGAAUGGACAAAAGGAUUUAACAUUCUGGCACUAAGAUGGUAAGCAGGCAAAAGGCCAAGUGAGAAAUACUGUCCUGCUUUUCCUCUGCUCCCAUGAGUUAUGGAUGCUGGCAUUCGAGCAGAAGGGCAGGGAGAGGGAUUUAUUGUAUUUAACUUUGUUAAAUAGGGUCGCUUGCAAUUACUUCAAAGCAGCAACGCACUAUUAAAAAUGUAGGAGGAACAGAAAAAGCUGUGAAAUGUUAAAAGGUCUAAGCCAAGAGGUAGACAGGAACCAGGAUCUUGUCAACAUCUGCUAGAUUGGCUAAGCGGAACCUGCCAUUGCCUCCAAAGCUAGGCCGAAAUCUGAGCCAUUUAAAAAAAGAGAUACCUCCGCCGAACCAUCCCUUUUGGAUUCACAGCAAGAAAGAGAGCCUUAGACCUCACAAGGAAGGCUUUGGGGGUCUCCAUAGUGGAUGGGGAAAUGGAGGUAUCUAAGUCUCCACUGCAUGACCAUUUGCUGCUCCAAAAUGGAUGGUGCUUUUCUCAUUUCAGACUCCACUAUAAAGACUUCAGUGUUCCUUGCUCAGCUUCUUUACUAGCUCCUGGAACACCCUAAAGGCUCAGACUAAAUUCUAGUCUGUGUCUAGACAAGUUAUUCCCCACCUCUUUUUAAAACAAAAUUUCUCCCCCCCCCCGCCCCUAAUCACCAUACACUAUUUUUAAUAAACAAAGGGAAAUUCAAGUUUUACUUGUGUGGUUCUGAAAGCUUAAGGAAAGCAAAUGUAAUUUGGGCGCAUACAUCUGUGUAUUAAAAAAAAUGGUCUCUAUACAGUCCUGGGUACUAUUUAUUGGAUUUAAAAGAAAAUAAUAGACUUUAAAAGGAACAAUGGAUAUACUUGAUUGUGCAAGCAAUGAAUGGAAU